AUGGCGAGCGGAGGAGACCCCAGACUCCUGUGGAACCCCGAAAACAUCAAGGAUGUAGCCGAGUCGGUGGGCAUCGGCUCCCUGAACGAGGAGGCGCUCAAGGCGCUGACGCAGGACGUCGAGUACCGCAUCGGCCAGGUCAUCAUCGAGGCGCUGCGGCUGAUGCGCGCGGCGCGGCGGACCACUAUGACUGUCAACGACGUGUCGCUCGCCCUCAGGGUGCUCGACGCCGAGCCCCUGUACGGAUACGACUCGACUCGACCUCUGCGGUUCGGCGAGGCCAGCCUCGGCCCCGGGCAGCCCCUCUUCUACAUUGAGGAUGAGGAGGUGGACUUUGAGAAGCUGAUCAAUGCACCGCUUCCCAAGGUGCCGCGUGAUAUGAGUCUGACGGCUCACUGGUUGGCCAUCGAAGGCGUGCAGCCGUCUAUACCGCAGAACCCGACGACGACCGAGGCGCGAUCCCAAGAUUACAUGCCCAAGGGUCCCGGGGCGAAUCCCGCGCUGUCGGCGCUCUCGGGCAAUGACGUGGCAACUACGGCGGCAGGCGGUGCGGCGGGGAGUGGUGCCGGCGGCGGCGGCGGUGAUGGCGGCGGUGGUGGUGCAGGCGCGGGCGGCAAGCCUGCCGUCAAGCACAUCGUCAGCAAGGAACUGAUACUGUACUUUGACAAGAUCCAGGCGGCCAUCCUCGACGACAGUCCGGACGAGGAGGUGGCGCGUCUGCGGCAGGCGGCGCUGGGCUCCGUGCGAGACGACCCGGGCCUGCACCAGCUGAUACCCUACUUCAUCAACUUCAUCAUGGACCGCGUGACGCACAACCUCGACGACACCUUCACUCUCAAGCAGAUGAUGGAGCUGACGCACGCCCUCAUCGAGAACAAGACGCUCUUCCUCGACCCGUACGCCAGUCCGCUGUCUGCGCCCGUCCUGACUUGUCUGAUGGCCCGCAAGCUCGGUAGUUCCUAUGGGACCAGCAGCCUCAGUAGCGACAAUAACAACAACAACAACAACAACAAUGACUCUGACUCUAGCACCAUCAAGGAGCAAUACGAGCUUCGUCAGCUGGCCGCCUCUCUCGUGGGUCGUAUCGCCCGCAAAUACGCCUCCACAAACACCCUGCUCCGUCCCAAGCUCACCCGCACCUGCCUAAAGUACCUCCUCGACCCGACAAAGCCGCCGGCCGUCCUGUACGGAGCCGUCCUAGGCAUCCUCGAGGCCGGCGGGCCUGAGGCUAUCCGCGUGCUCGUCCUGCGCAGCCUGCGCCUGUUUGACGAGCAGAUCCUCCAGCCGCUCAGGGAGAAGUCGGCCGCUCCGUCCAUCGACUACGAGAUGCUCGUACAGGCCAUCCUCCAAGCCGUGGCCUCCCUCGCCGACGUCGACAAGCUCGUCCAGGACGGUCAGCACGACGGCGGCAACUCCAUGGCCGUGGACGGUGGGAGCACCGGCACGCUGUCUGAAUCGCACAAGGCCGACCUCGUCGCUUGGAUUGGUCCUACCAUCGGUAACAAGGUUGCUGGUUCUGGCAAUCGGAAACUCAUCAUGACUAUUUUGGAUGCACGACCAGAGGGCAAUCUCACCCCUGACAAUUUCCUUUUUGGUGAAGCCCUUUCCGAUGUCGAAGAUGAGGUGGCGCACGCCGUUGAUGAAGUGGUAGGUGAAGGGGAAGGAGAGGGCGAGCUUGAUGCCGCCGGCGACGACGACGGGGAGGGCGCUGAAAGCGGCGGCCACGCUGGCGCUCUCGAGGUGCCAUCCCAGCAGCGGGGAGACGAGGUAGGCGGCGAAGUAGGCGUAGGCGGCGCCCGACAGGGUGCACCCGGUGAUGCGCGUCCAGGCCGAGUGGCCCAGCCAGGUCUGGUUGAGCUUGUAGAUGCCCAGGUGGGGCGAGACCGGGCGGUUGAGGCGCUGCCUAGCCAGGAUCUCGUUGCCCUCGGUCGGGGUGGCCUUUUCCGUCGUGAGGUGUCUGUGAAACCGACCCGAUCCCGAUCCAGUCCACCGAGUUAG